AUGAGCGCUCCCACUUGCUGCGAGGACAUCUCUUCUAAUUGGUUCAUGCAAACAGUUGCCGAUAGCGAUGAAAGCGGCGCUCCCGUGGGAAACUUUUGCUCUCCGAAGGGUAUGGCUGUCGUUGAAGUUCACAUCCGCCAUCACAUAAGCCAACUCGUGCACUCGUGGCAUUGUGGCGUAGUGGUCGACGUGUCGAGAAUAUGUACAUUCAACCAGCACAACUCGGGUUCGAGUCCUGUCGCUAAGUCAGAAGAAGCAGAGACUGCAGUCCACCUGAGUCGGCAUGACAACAAUAGCUUUUGGGCAACAAGGCCAUGUGAAAUGGGUUGGAGACUGAAGGGUCGCUCAGAGCGCCGUGGGAGAAAUUCACCUUCCAGUUCUCUGUCACCUCGAGCGAUUGCUCUGAGCAUGGCAAGACUCACUAACGAUGCCGGCGAAACGAGUCUACCAAUUCCACCGUCUGACACGGACAAUGAUGCUAACUACGAGAGCAGAGGAUUUGGGACAAGAUGUGUCCAACCUAGUCGCCGUGACGACACGAACGAGUUGCGAAAACGAGGUCAGUCCAUCUCUAAACUACUCUGUUUAAAGGAAGCUGCUCAACCUCAUUUUCGCAACUUUAUCGUGUUAUCACGUGGGACUAGAGAAACACAUCUUCUCCGGAGUUCAUUGUAA